AUGCUUCGCACAAUCACCCGCAACACCUUCACCAAGACCUUCAAGCCUUCAUCGGCUUCCGCCCUUCGCACUCGCGGUAUGGCUGACAAGAAGGUCGAGGAUGCCGCUCAGGCUGCCGGAGAGGCCAAGGACACCAACCCUCAGAACCCUUCUGUCAUCUCAUCUGCUGGUGCCAUUGGCAAGCAGUUCAACCCUGAUGGAAACAUUGGCCAGGUUGGCGAGAAGAUCGGCGGCGCCUUCUCCAAGGACGGUGCCAUCGGUUCUCAGUUCGACGCUUCCAAGGACGGUAUCGCCGGCCAGGUCGAGAAGGCUGUUGACGGCCCCAGCAGACCUGCUACCCAGAAGAAGUAA